AUGGCUUCGCGGGCGCCACGGCAUCGUGCAACGACUCGCCGCGCUGGCGUGGCCGAUUUGAAGAUGCAGAUUCUGAAUCUGGCGGCGCUGACUGACCGUGGGCAGCGGCUGAACACCCUGGUCGCGCCAACCUACCAGGAGAAGCGGGAAGACAUGUCCCAGCUUGUGGCUACGCUGGCGGCGCUCCCCUCGACGAUCAGCAAGGAGACGCUGGCUGGCGAGUGGGAGCUCGUCUACAGCGAUGUCGAGCUGUUUCGAUCCUCGCCGUUCUUCCUCGCCAUCGAGUGGCUCGGCCUGACGGACCCGAAGAAGAAGGCGGAGCUGUUCUUCCGGCUCCACGGCCUGCAGGUGCUGUCCUGGGGCCUCUCGACGGUGGGCCGCAUCUCGCAGCGGCUCGACUUUGAGGCGGGCGUCCUCGAGUCGUCCUUCGACACCACGAUCUUCGGGCUGACGGUCAUACCGAUUCUCGGCUGGUUCAAGUUGCUGCCGACCUUCGGUGGUCGCGUGGUUACGGAGGCGGAUCAGUUGACACUGGAUGCACAGGGCAAUCUGCGCAUGGAGCUGCAACGCACGCAGGUUGUGACGCUACCAGGAGUUGAGCGCAUAGCUCUCGUGGACAAGCUGCUGAUGGACCUAUGGUAUCCAGUGAACUCUGUCUGGAAGUUGCUGCCUUGGAAUGGUGGCCCCUUCGAUGGGCGAGCGCCCACUUGCCAGAUGAGUACGCUAUACGUGGACGACACUAUGCGGAUCUCGAGGGAUGGCUCUGGUGGAAUUUUCAUUUACACUCGCCCUUUUGAGGUUUCGCUUUAG